CUACCGGGGCUGCGGCGGUGCCGUUCCACACCGGGGCCGCCGGGGGCGCCCUCGCCGCCCGCUCCGGUGCCGGUGCCGCUUGCGGCCGCGGAGCGCCGGGAUCCGCCAGCGGAGCCAGGCCCGUGCUGCGGGGGCAGAGCCAUGAGGGUGGGCUGAGCCCCCCCGGACCUGCGCCCACCCCCAGGCAGGAUGCGGGGGGCGCAGCGGGCGCUGUGCCUGCUGCUGGUGGCCUCGGCCUCGCUGGCCGCGCUCUACCUGCACCUCUGGGCACCCAAGGGCCCCCCCAGCGUGGACCUGCGCCGCCCCCCCCCCGAGCGGCUGCCGCCCCCCCUGCCCCCCUCCGCCCGCGCCUACCCCCACGUGCCCUUCCGCCUCAAGGAGGAGGUCAUGGAACUGCUGCCCAGGAACGGCUGCUCGUGCGAGGCGGAGGCGGAGGCGGGGCUGGCGCUGCCGCUGCACCGGCGCCUCUUCGGGCCCGGCCCGGCGGGGCUGGACUUCGCCAGCGCCUUCGCCCCCGGGGAGCGGCCGCGGCAGCUGCGGCUGCGAGAGCGCGAGUACCGCAACUACCGGAACCGGGUGCAGACCCCCGCCGACCGGUUGCUGAUCGUCCCGGCCAACUCCCCGCUGGAGUACCCGGCGCAGGGGGUGGAGGUGCGGCCGCUGCAGACGGUGCUGGUGCCCGGGCUCAGCCUGCAGGCGCCGGCCAGGAACAGGUACCAGGUGAACCUGACGGCCUCGCUGGGAACGCUGGCGGUGGCUGCCGAGGUGGAGGGCGUGGCGCUGCAGGGGGAGGGGCAGCCGCACCUGUCCUUGGCCGCCGCCCACCUGGACCACCUGAACCGGCAGCUGCAGUUCGUCACCUACACCAACACCCAGUUCCACCCCGACACCGCCGACAUCGUGCAGUUCUCCACCGACGGCCACUCCGCCGCCUUCGCCAUCCGCAUCCGGCACCCGCCCACGCCCCGCCUGUACGGCCCGGGCAGCGCCGGCGACAGCGACGGGGACAGCGACAGCGACAGCGACAGUGGCGGGGACGGGGGAUACAACAUCUCGGCGCUGGUGACCGUGGCCACCAAGACGUUCCUGCGCUAUGACAAACUGCGCGGGCUCAUCGCCAGCAUCCGCCGCUUCUACCCCUCGGUCACCAUCGUGGUGGCCGACGACAGCCAGCGCCCCGAGCCCCUGGCAGGGCCACACCUGGAGCACUACCUCAUGCCCUUCGGCAAGGGCUGGUUCGCCGGGAGGAACCUGGCGGUGUCGCAGGUGACCACCAAGUACGUGCUGUGGGUGGACGAUGACUUCAUCUUCACGGCCCGCACGCGGCUGGAGAAGCUGGUGGAUGUGCUGGAGAGAACCAGCCUGGACCUGGUGGGCGGCGCGGUGCGGGAGAUCACCGGCUACACCACCACGUACCGGCAGCGGCUGAGCGUGCGCGGGGGGGGCGCGGGGGGGGACUGCCUGCGGACCCGGCCCGGCUUCCACCACCGCCUCGCCGGCUUCCCCGCCUGCGUGGUCACCGACGGCGUGGUCAACUUCUUCCUGGCCCGCACCGACAAGAGUUCUUCAUCGACGGCCUGGGGGUGCUGCACGUGGGCUCGUGCGAGGACGUGGUGGUGGACCACGCGUCCAAGCUGGCGCUGCCCUGGCGGCGCUCGGAGGGCGAGCGGCAGUACAACCGCUACCGCUACCCGGCCGCCCGCGACGACAGCGUGCGCCUCAAGCAGCGCCUCUUCUUCUUCAAGAACCGCUUCAAGUGCAUGGCCGGCGACUAGCGGGGCCACCGGGCGGGGACACCCCGGGGACACCGGCCCUGGGCGCCCGGGGCCGCCGGCGCUGCCGUGGUGCCGCCCCCGGGGCACCCCACGGGCUGCGGGCGGUGGCCACCCGCGAGGUGACACCGGGCCACCGCCCCCAAGGUUGUCACCGGUCACGGGACGCACCAAGGACAUCGCGGACAGGGCCGCUGAUCCUCCCGGCCCCGGGCACCGCUGGCCAGCCCUGGGUGUCGCGGGGCCGCUGGCGCUGCCGUGGUGCCACCCCCGGGGGGCUGGCACGGAGGUGGCACCGGGCCACCACCCCCAGCGGAGUCACUGGCCGCGGGACGCGCCAAGGACAUCGCGGACAGGGCCGCUGACCUCCCCCGGCCACCAGCGUGGGCCACAUCAGGGGUCACUGCUGCCGGCCACCCCGCGGUGUCCCCAGGGCCACCGACCCCCACGGGCCACCCCUGCAGCGUCCCCAGAGCCACAACCAUGGGCCACAACCCCAGUGCCACCACCCCAGGGCCACCAUUCCAGGGCCUCCAGCCCCCUGGGGCACCCCUGGGGUGGCUCUGCCCCCUUUGGGCCACCCCACGGGCCGCCACCACCACCCCCGGGUGGCCACUGGUGUGACACAGGGGUGGCAGCUCCAGGGCCACUGCCACUACGGGCCACCUCAAGGGUCACCCCCCGUGGGCCCCCACCUGUGGGACACCCCCAGGACCUCCCCCGCCCCGUGGCCACCCCCAGGGUCACCCCCCAGGGCCACCAUUGACGGCCACCCCCAAGGCCACUGCCAUGGCCACACCCAGUGCCACCACGCCGGGUCCCCGUCGCCCCCCGCCCCCCCGCGGUGUUUUUAGCUCUUUUGUACUUUGGGGGGGGGUGGUGGCGGGGUCGCACCGGGUCCCCUUCCCCCUCCCCCGUUGUCCCCACUCCGUUUUCUACCGCCCGGCCCCUCCCCCCGCUGCCGCCAGGAUUUUUGUGCCAAGUCUCGGCCCCUCCCCCCCCCGAGACCCUCGGGACCCCCGGGGUGGGUGGGGGAGGGGCUGGGGGAGGGGCUGCCACCCCCACCCUUUUCUACCCAAUGGAUGGUGAGAUUUUAACCA